AUGCGUUCCUGGUGGCCUUUGCUUCUCGGCGCGAUUGCCUCAACGUCUCUUGCGGCGACACCUGCCGACUGGAGGUCGCAGUCCAUUUACUUCCUCCUCACGGAUCGUUUUGCGCAGACCGAUGGCUCCACUACAGCAGCCUGUGAUACAUCUGCAAGGCAAUACUGUGGUGGUACCUGGCAGGGCAUCAUUGACAAGCUUGAUUAUAUCCAAGGCAUGGGAUUUACGGCCAUCUGGAUCACCCCCGUGACCAAGCAACUUCCCCAAGACACCGCAUAUGGCGAGGCCUAUCAUGGAUAUUGGCAGCAAGAUGCCUAUGCGCUCAAUGAGAACUACGGAACCGCUGAUGAUCUGAAAGCGCUUGCAACUGCGCUCCACAAACGCGGCAUGUAUCUCAUGGUCGAUGUGGUUGCCAAUCAUUAUGGCUAUGAUGGUGCGGGAAGCUCUGUGGACUACAGUGUCUUCAACCCAUUCAACUCACAGGACUACUUCCAUUCUUUCUGUCUGAUCGAGAACUAUGACAAUCAGACACAAGUGGAGGAUUGCUGGCUAGGCGAUAACAGCGUCUCCUUGCCUGACCUCGACACUACCAAAACCGAUGUCCAGAACAUGUGGUACGACUGGGUCGGUGAGCUGGUGGCCAACUACUCCAUUGACGGUCUCCGCAUCGACACCGUCAAGCAUGUCCAGAAAGACUUCUGGCCGGGCUACAAUGACGCUGCUGGCGUGUAUUGUCUCGGUGAGGUGCUGGAUGGUGAUCCAUCCUACACCUGCGCUUACCAGAACUAUCUGGAUGGGGUGUUCAAUUACCCCGUCUACUACCCCCUCCUCGAUGCGUUCAAGUCGACCUCGGGAAGUAUCAGCGACCUCUACAGUAUGAUCAACACCAUGAAGACCGCCUGCGCCGACACCACUCUUCUCGGAACUUUCAUUGAGAACCACGACAACCCGCGAUUUGCCUCCUACACGGAUGACAUGUCCCUUGCGAAGAACGUCGCCGCCUUCGUGAUCUUCGCAGACGGCAUCCCAGUCAUCUACGCGGGACAGGAACAGCACUAUUCCGGUGGAAAUGACCCGGCAAACCGCGAGGCCACAUGGCUGUCCGGCUACUCGACAACCAGCCCGCUGUACGAGUUGAUCGCCACCUCCAACGCUCUGCGCACCUUCGCCGCUAAGCGUGACUCCGGCUAUGUAACGUACAAGGUAUGUGCCUGCAUGAAUUAG